CUUUGGUUCUUUUGAAGACAAAACCACCUCAAAAGUCUCUUGCGUUUACCAGGUUCUGUUAUUUAUUGUUUACAUUUCUGUUGUAUUGGUAGUUCUUCUGGUUUAAUGGUAGUUUCUGUUUAUAACAGAACAAACCCAUGUGGAAUUUGUAUUCAAUUUGUGUUCUAGGGUUUCAUUUUCAAUACCCACUUAGUGUUUUGUUGUAACAUUGAUAAUAGGUUAAGCAAUGUUACAAGAUUAUGCUGUUUUGGUGGUUGUAUUGAUGGUGUAGGUGUGAAUCUCUGUUUGUUGUAGAUGGGAAAUAAUAAUAAUAAUGUGGAAAUUCCCACUUGGCUAAAAGGGUUGCCAUUGGCACCGGUCUUUCGACCAACUGAUACUGAAUUUGCUGACCCAAUUGCUUAUAUAUCAAGAAUUGAGAAGGAAGCUAGUGCUUUUGGUAUAUGUAAAAUUAUCCCACCAUUGCCAAAACCGUCAAAAAAAUAUGUUUUUGGUAAUUUAAAUAAGUCGCUUUUGAAGUGCCCGGACUUGGGUUCUGAUGGGAAUUUCCCAAAUGCUGGUGAUGUGCCGAAAGUAGGUUCUAGUGACAGUGGCAAUGAUGGGGAGGUUAGGGCAGUUUUUACAACUAGACAUCAGGAGUUGGGACAGAGUGUGAAAAGAACAAAAGGGGUCGUUAAUGAUAAUCCGCAAUUGGGUGUGCAUAAGCAGGUGUGGCAAAGUGGAGCAGUUUAUACGUUGGAACAGUUUGAGUCAAAGUCGAAGGGUUUUGCUCGAAGUUUAUUGGGUAUGAUUAAGGAGGUUUCACCAUCGGUUAUAGAGGCAUUAUUUUGGAAGUUAGCUUCAGAGAAGCCUAUAUAUGUGGAGUAUGCAAAUGAUGUGCCUGGGUCAGCUUUUGGGGAACCGGAGGGUCAGUUUCGGUAUUUUCAUAGACGGAGGAGAAAGAUGAAAUCUUGGAAAUCUUAUCGGAAUAGAGGAAAAGCCGAUUGCAAGAACAAUGAAAUAGGCAGUGUAAAUAAUACCCAUAAUGAUGACAUUAGAGAUGCUUAUGUUAAUAAUGAUGCUAGUAAAUGUUUAGAUACAUCCAACUUGUCUACAACUUCUUCAACUAUCUCAUUGGAUGAAAAUUCACAAUCUUCUAGACGAAAGAUUGUAAAUGGUAGUAAUGAUUUGGAAGGUACAGCGGGUUGGAAGCUUGCAAAUAGUCCAUGGAAUCUGCAAGUGAUUGCACGGUCACCCGGUUCACUGACCCGUUUCAUGCCAGAUGAUAUCCCUGGUGUUACUUCUCCUAUGGUUUAUAUUGGUAUGUUGUUCAGCUGGUUUGCAUGGCACGUUGAAGAUCAUGAACUUCACAGCAUGAACUUUCUUCACACUGGCGCUCCAAAGACUUGGUAUUCUGUCCCAGGAGAUUAUGCGUUUACUUUUGAGGAAGUUAUUCGCAAUGAGGUCUAUGGUGGUAAUAUUGACUGUUUAGCUGCUCUCUCUCUAUUGGGUGAGAAGACAACUCUACUCUCGCCUGAAGUAAUUGUUGCAUCAGGCAUUCCAUGUUGUAGGUUAGUUCAGAAUCCUGGUGAAUUUGUUGUGACUUUUCCAAGGGCUUACCAUGUAGGAUUCAGCCACGGUUUUAAUUGUGGGGAAGCUGCUAACUUUGGAACUCCACAGUGGCUAAACGUGGCUAAGGAGGCUGCAGUGCGUAGAGCUGCCAUGAAUUAUCUUCCCAUGCUUUCCCAUCAGCAGCUGCUAUACCUGUUGACCAUGUCUUUUGUUUCAAGGGUGCCGAGAUCCUUACUACCAGGUGCUCGGAGCUCUCGCCUGAGAGAUCGGCUAAAGGAAGAAAGAGAGUUGUUAAUAAAGAAGGCUUUUAUAGAAGAUAUGUUAAAAGAGAACAACACUUUGUCUGCUCUUCUUGGACAAGAAUCAACUUCUUAUGCUGUACUGUGGAACCCAGAUUUACUUCCAUGUUCAAGUAGGGAAUCUCAGUUGCCCACUGCAACCGAUGCUGUUACUGCAACACCAGGAGCAACUGUUUCAGAUAUUCAUUCUGAGAAAAAAACUAAUCAGAAUAAUCUCCUAGAUGAGAUGAACUUAUAUAUGGAAACUCUGAAUGAUUUGUAUAUGGAUGAUGAUGACAUAUCGUCUGAUUUUCAAAUUGAUUCCGGGGCAUUGGCAUGUGUGGCUUGUGGUAUUCUGGGUUUUCCAUUUAUGUCUGUGGUACAACCAUCUGAGAGGGCAUCAAUGGAAUUUCUGCCUGCUGAUUUUGUUCAAGAGGGUCCAAGAAUUUCAGAACCUAAAAACAGUCAUCCCUGUAUGGACCUGGAUCUAACUAAGAGCUCUGUUUCAGAGGAUCUUUUUGCUGGUCCUGAUAGUUCUAUGCUUCAAAAGGAUCUGGCAUUAUCAUCAAUAACCAAGUUCAACAAGAGAUGGAACACUUCUAGUAAAUAUCUGCGUCCUCGGAUUUUCUGCCUGGAGCAUGCUGUUCAAAUUGAAGAGAUAUUCCGGUCUAAAGGUGGAGCAAACAUCCUGGUCGUUUGCCACUCUGACUACCAGAAAAUAAAAGCACAUGCUGUGGCUAUUGCUGAGGAGAUUGGUAGCCCUUUCAAUUAUAAUGAUGUUCCAUUAGAUACUGCCUCCCAAGAAGAUCUACAGUUGAUUGAUCUUGCGGUUGAUGAUGAAGAACACGAUGAAUGCAGUGAAGACUGGACCUCUAAACUGGGAGUUAACUUACGACACUGCGUGAAGGUCAGGAAGAAUUCACCAUCUAAGCAAGUUCAGCAUGCGUUGUCAUUGGGUGGUUUGUUUUCUGAAAAGAGUGCCAGUUCAGAUUUCUCAAAUAUCAAAUGGCAGUCCAGAAAAUCUCGCUCAAAAGUUAAGCUAAAUCAGCCAGCCAAAUCCAAAACAUGCCACAAUAUUGAAAUAAAAACAGAUGAAGUGUUGGGAGAAAAGUUAGAUGGCGUUGUUGAAAAAGAAGAAAAAAUAAUUCAAUAUUCAAGAAGGAAAUUCCGGUUAAAACCAGAAGCAAGUAGAGUUUGUGGACACCCUAAAAAGUUUUUACCAGAAGAAGUUUCAGCUGCUAUUUGUGGCGAUCUGGUUAAGCAUGAUAAAUUUAAUUCUGAAAUUAACCCAUGCAACAUUGGGCAUACUGGAAGUAUUUCUGCUGGAUUGGAACUAUCUCACAUCGGGAACUCUGAAGGGCUACAUGAAAUUCGGGUGCUUGAUGCAACCAGGGAUGUGAGCUUGAAUUACUCACCUUCACGAGUUGCAGAUUCACUUGCAGCUGCUACUUUAGUGGUUGAUAAUAUUGGGCAGAUUGGCACUGAAACUUUGGACGAUGAAAUGUGUUAUACGGCAAUCCAAAAUAAUCAUCAGACACGACAAAUCAUCAAGGACACUGACAUGGUCAGUGAGAAGGGAAUUUCUUUUGCAGAGAAAUGUUCUGGUGGACAUAUCAAUGCAGCUGAUGAUACGACCAUGGAAAAUAUCAAAAUCACCAAUAAGACUUGUAAUCUAGCUUCUGAAACUCCGUACAAUCUAUUGGCUGAUAAGGAUGUCUCUGUGAAUGAGGUCUCUUAUCCUGCUAAUUCACCAAGUUUACAUGUUGCUCAUCCACCUCUGGGGAGUUUUGACACAGAGAUGGAGGACAAGGUUCUUGAUAAUUUUUAUAUGAACAGUAAUGCACAUGAUUGUAUGACUUCUAAGGAUGAACUGGUGCAAGAUAUGAAGCCAGCUGAUGGAAACAAUGAUGAGGAAUCCAUUUCCUGGGAUGAUAAACUGAUAAAUCAGCCCACUCCUGCCUCAACAAAAGAAAAUUGUGAAGAUCAGAUGCAAAUAUGUGCUGCCGAAGACACUUGGAAUCAAGUGUCUUUAGAUGAUAACGUGCACAAUGAAAUCAAGAUUAUGAAUGGGACUCAUGAGGAACACUUGUCGAGUUCUGUUAUACUGAUGGAUCAGUCUACUAAUAUCUCGCUGGAAAGUUCUGAAGCCCCAACCAAGGAAUGUGCUGCUGCAGACUUGUGCCAAAUUAAGACUACGAUGAAAGAAGCUCCAGAGCAGGAUGUCCUUACUACAAGUGGAAGUGGGGAGGAACUUGUAACGAGUACUAUCACACAGAUGCAGCCUUCCUCUCUCUCAGUGGAAGGAUGUUCUGGAAAACCAGGAGCUACCUGUGCUGAUGUGACCUUCGGCUCUGAAAUGCAUCCAGAAAUUCAGUCUACAACUGAAACUAAUGUGGAUGAGCUUGUCUGCUCUUCCAGUUUACAGAGAAAAGAAAAUUAUCUUAUCCCUGCCUCAGUAGAAGAAUGUUCAGAACUGCCAAAUGGGAUCUGUUCUGAAGAGAACUCAAGCGGUAAUGUGGGAAAAGAUCAACUGCUGAAAAGGGCUCAGACCGCAAAUGCAACUAACGAGGAGAAAGCUAGUUCUUUGACACGGAUAAACCAACCUGCUCCUGCCGUGAUUCAGAAGUACUGCAGAACCCGUAGGGAGUCCCCAUCUUCAGAAAAAUUGCACAUUAGCAAAGAAGUUUCUUCUUCAUCUAAAGACGAAAGAGAGUUAGAAAACAAGUCCACUGCAGAAGAGCACAGUUCAAGUGCCAGUAAAGGAAAAAAAAGGAAGAGUGAAGUGGAGCAGUUAACUGAAAACAAGUCCAAUUGCAGUGGGUAUAUCAGGAGUCCUUGUGAAGGGUUGAGACCAAGGGGUGGGAAAGAUACAGCGAACAGAAGUGAGGUUGAGAUCAGCCCCGUAGCCAAGGAAAAGCUAACAACAAAGACAAUGAAGAAACCUUUAAAUGUUUCAGUUCCUCGCCAGGAGAAGAAAAAGUUCAUAAAGAAGCAUUACAGGUGUGACUUGGAUGGCUGUCGCAUGAGUUUUGAGACAAAGACAGAGCUUUCUUUGCACAAACGGAAUCGAUGCCCACAUGACGGAUGUGGGAAGAGAUUCAGCUCUCAUAAAUAUGCAAUAAUUCAUCAACGAGUUCACGAUGAUGAUCGGCCCCUUAAAUGCCCCUGGAAUGGUUGUUCCAUGUCAUUCAAGUGGGCAUGGGCUAGGACUGAGCAUAUACGGGUGCACACAGGAGAGCGGCCAUACAAGUGCAAGGUUGAGGGCUGUGGCCUUUCUUUCAGGUUUGUGUCUGAUAUUAGCCGACAUAGACGUAAAACAGGGCACUAUGAUAACUAAUCCACCUGAAGGCUAGUAAUCAGGCAGGUUUUGUAAUAUAUUGAUAUAUUGAAUGGAGAUUCUGGGGUCGAAUUGGCCUGCAGAAUUUGUGCUAUAAACUUGACUUUCUGCUCAGAUAUAGAUUUAGGAUUAGGCUGAUCCUUCAUGUAGGUGAGCAUUAUUCAAUUCAUUGAAUGCAAUAGUUGAAAAAGUCUUCUUUGAUUCUUGAUCUUUCUGAAACUCAACUUUUGAUGCUGUUUUAUUUUUAGAUGAGCAUCUUAGGCCAGGCAUUUUGUAGAAUUGAAGAUAGGAUACAUGAGUCUUUUGUUUAAUCAGAUUGUUACAAAAUUUGUGACUUCUUAAGAAAGAUCCAAGAGGGAUUUGAGUCAAUUGCUAGAUUGAAAUUGAAAAUGUGUCGAAAGCAGGAGAUGAAUUCAAUGACAAUUUCUUUCAUCU